CCUACUAAACCCUAGAACCCCCUAAUGUUUAUUUGCUUCCACAUUGCAGAAGUUGAGGGCGUGAAGCCCCCCGACAAGUGCUGUUUUAGGUUACACGAUGUGUAGGGAGAUGGCAGCAACGGAGGUAGUCGAGGAAGAACAGGGAGAGAUGAACAGCAACAACAGCAGCAGCAACGUGAUGUGCCAAUUGACGGACCCAGAGGGAAAUCCAUUGGGCGUUGCCAUGUACCUUCCUCAGAGUGCCGGUCGUAAAGAGCUUCAAAUAAUGGUCAAUAAGCUCCUCAACAACGAGGAAAAGUUACCUUAUGCUUUCUAUGUAUCAGACCAAGAGCUUGUUGUGCAACUUGGAUCAUAUUUACAGAAAAACAAAGUUUCUGUGGAGAAGGUACUGACAAUAGUUUAUCAACCUCAAGCUGUUUUUCGAAUUCGUCCAGUUAGUCGUUGUACUGCAACAAUUGCAGGUCACACGGAAGCUGUACUUUCAGUUGCAUUUAGUCCUGAUGGUAGACAUUUGGCAAGUGGUUCAGGUGACACCACUGUCCGAUUGUGGGACUUGACCACCCAAACACCGAUGUUUACAUGUACAGGUCACAAGAAUUGGGUUCUUUGUAUUGCGUGGUCACCUGACGGUAAGCAUCUUGUCAGUGGAAGUAAGGCUGGAGAGCUUCAAUGCUGGGACCCUCAAACAGGAAAGCCAUCUGGCAAUCCACUUAUUGGGCACAAGAAAUGGAUUACUGGUAUAUCUUGGGAACCAGUACACCUAAAAGCUCCAUGUCGCCGCUUUGUAAGUUCUAGUAAAGAUGGUGAUGCACGAAUAUGGGACGUUUCAACAAGGAAAUGUGUUAUUUGUCUUAGUGGCCACACACUAGCUGUAACUUGUGUGAAAUGGGGUGGAGAUGGAGUGAUAUAUACAGGCUCUCAAGAUUGUACAAUCAAAGUCUGGGAAACUUCACAGGGGAAGCUAAUUCGUGAACUGAAGGGGCAUGGUCAUUGGGUUAAUUCCCUUGCAUUGAGCACUGAAUACGUUCUUCGCACUGGAGCUUUUGAUCAUACUGGAAAGCAAUAUUCCUCUCCAGAGGAAGUGAAAGAGGUGGCUCUGGAAAGGUACAACAAAAUGAAAGGCAACGCCCCUGAAAGAUUGGUUUCUGGGUCUGAUGACUUCACCAUGUUCCUUUGGGAACCUGCUGUUAGCAAACACCCCAAAACUCGUAUGACAGGUCAUCAGCAGCUUGUGAACCAUGUUUACUUUUCCCCUGAUGGGCAAUGGGUAGCAAGUGCGUCAUUUGAUAAGUCUGUCAAGUUAUGGAAUGGUAUUACAGGAAAAUUUGUUGCUGCUUUUCGUGGCCAUGUAGGGCCUGUUUAUCAAAUAAGCUGGUCUGCUGACAGUAGGCUUCUUUUAAGUGGGAGCAAAGACUCGACACUGAAGGUUUGGGACAUCCGGACACAGAAGUUGAAACAAGACCUGCCAGGCCAUGCAGAUGAGGUUUUUGCUGUUGAUUGGAGUCCAGAUGGUGAGAAGGUAGCCUCUGGUGGAAGGGAUAGAGUUUUGAAGUUAUGGAUGGGUUAGAAUACAUCAGCAGAAACAGAUUUGUAUAUGCAUGAAAAAGACAUUUCAGAGAUUGCCAGUGUAGUUUUGUAACAAUUGGUUAUGUUAUAUCAUGAUUUUGACUGUUUGAAUUGCCCAUAGCAAUAUUUGAUAAACAUGCAAGUAUAGCAUGAAAGGCCCGGAAUUUUGUUUGGUAGUUGGCCGGAAAGAGUAAAAAUAGUUUUUGCACGUCUACACAUUGAGGAAAUUUUCAAAUUUUUUAUUAUUGUUUUCAACUAAACGUUUCCCUGCCAAGUGCAACUUUUGUUUUAAAUAACCAGCAGGCUUGGUAUAUUAUUUAUUAUUUUAGAUA